GAAAUCUGCUGAGUUUUUACCAAAGUCGAAUAAAACAUGAAAUUGCUACCAUCACUUUUGGUGGGUGUAUUGGUUCUAACCAUCACUACCAGAUCAGACACCGCCGACACAACAGACGCAGCUUCAGACUCUGGAUCAACAGCCGCAGCAUCAGACUCUGGAACAACAGCCGCAGCAUCAGGUUCUGCAACAACAGCAACAACAUCAGGCUCUGCAACAACAGCAGCAGCAUCAGGAUCUGCUACAACAGCUUCAGCAGAUGAGGCAACAACAACAGAAUCUAGUGCCACCACAACAGAAGCUGCUUCAUCAGCAACUUCUAGUAGCAGUAAUGCUGCUGCUCGGAGGAGAAGGCAAAGAAGACGACAAGCUGCUAGAAGAAGGCGUGCGGCAAGAAGAAGACGGCGUCAAGCCCGCAAACGUGCGCAAAGAAGAAGACGUAGAAGGCAAAGACGUCAACGCAGAAGACAGCAAGCAAAUCGUGGUUAGACAAGUGGCUAAUUUUAACAAAAUUUCUUUCAACUGUAAACUACUUAUUGCUGAAUAAAUUAAUAUAAAGUCUA